CGCGCCCGCGGGGAGCGCCGGGGCUCGGUACCGCACCAUGCGGAGCCUGCGCCCAGCCCCGCUGCCUCUGAUGGUGCUGAUGGUGCUGCUGCUGACCGCGGGGCACGGCGCCGUCAUCACCGGGGCCUGUGACCGAGACCAGCAGUGCGGAGGCGGGAUGUGCUGCGCCGUCAGCCUGUGGAUCCGCAGCCUGAGGAUGUGCACCCCGAUGGGAAACCUGGGAGACGAGUGCCACCCCUUGAGCCACAGAGUGCCCUUCUCUGGGCGGAGGACACACCACACCUGCCCGUGCCUGCCGGGCCUGGCCUGCCUGCGGACUCCUCACAGCAGGUUCAGGUGCUUACCGGACUUCAGAAAAGAAGAUGUCUUUUUUUAGCAGGAACUGCUCUGCGCUAGGAAGAGCCACUCAGUAUUUUUGUUCUCUCGUUAUUGUGACAAAAAACAAAGGGUCCUUGCCAGGGGAAACCCUUCACCAACAUCGGCUGGAGAUGAGACGCUGCUGCUGCGGCCAAGGUUUUCAGAAGGGACUCGCAGUGGAGGAUGCUUUCAUUUUGGGGUAGCCAAACAUCUACUAGAACAAAACUCUUUCUGAGGGCAGGGGAUUGACCAUUCCUGAAUCAUUUUGUGGGCUUCAUGGUUCUGGUUUAACCCCAGAAUGAAAAAAUCCAAGUUUAUUGCCAAUUUUUGAAAAAAUUGGCCACAUCUUUACACUUGGGAAAACCUGAAUUGAACUGAGAGUUGGAUAACUGCAUAGUGUGAAGCAUAUGACAAUUUUGUCAAAAGAACUGUAUUUAUGUUGCAUUUCGUAUCUUUAUUAAUAUAAUUUUAUUUGUAAGUUAGGCUUACCUCUAGGGUAAAGGUUUAACCAAUAGAUGUAGUUGUUACACUUUUAAAAAGUGGCAGGUGGAACCAAAGCAUUUCAGUAUUCAGAGCAUUAAAAUAUUUUGUUAUUUUAGUAUUCUAAGAUGAGAAGUUGUUUUUACUUGAAUUGGUGUAAAACUACCUGAUCAUCUCAAACUAUGUAUUAAGAUGUAGUUUCUAUUAAAGAAAGAAGGAACCCUGAAGUUAAUUGUAAUAGGCUGCCUGACUUCUUGUAUAUGUAUCAAAUUUGCUGUGCAAAAAUUCUGUAUCAGAAUAAUGGCAGUGUAUGAUUUGAUUUAUUUUAAUAUUAUAACAUUAUUUUGUCAUUGUGGUUUUUCAUUUUUAUUCAGUGUAAUCUUUUAUCCCACGUUUGAUUCACUCAAGCUAUCAGAGCUCCU